AUGCAGCAGCCCGUCAGUGGCGGUAAGCACGACCCCGAGCAUCUCGCCCAGAUCGUAAUCGAGACCACGCAGGCAAUAGAGCGCGACCAGCACGACGCCAACGCAUGGUUUCGCAGGGGCAACGCCCGCUCUAAUCAGGGCAGGUACGAAGACGCGAAAGCCGAUAUGACCCAGACCAUCGCGCUCGACUCUGUCAACAGCAUGGCAUGGAACAACCGCGGCAUCGCAUUUUUAUGCACAGGCGACGCCGCAAGCGCAGUACCGGACAUCAGCAAGGCAAUUGAACUUGACCCCGGCUACCGUGACGCCUACCACAACCGAGGUCUGGCAUACUCUGAGUUAGGCAUGCUCGACGAAGCCAUAGCCGACCUCACCCAAGCCUUGGAAAUAGACCCCGACUUCUGGAGCGCAUACCGCCACCGCAGCAUCCUCCACGCCAUGAAGGGCAACCACGACGCCAGCUACAAAGACUACCUCAAAGCCCGCGAAAGCGGCUGGAACCAGUAG